CGUGGCGUUGGUAAAGGUGGAGUUGAAGGGUAAAGAUUUGCGUCCACGAUGGCAUCCACGACGGCUCGACUUUCCCAGAAAUUUACUUCUUGACCUUGUUCCCACAGUUGCCUUGCGCGACUUGCCGACUAAAAUAAUUAUUUUUGGAGAUUAAAAAAGGAAGCAAAAUCUCCGAAGAGCAUUAUUAUUACUUUUGCUCCCAAUAAUGAAGGAUUCACCAUAGGAUUUGGCGCGAGAAGAGCAGGGCAGGUGCAGAUGCAUUGAACGCUUCCGGUUUAUGCAGAUAAUAUAUACCUCGAUUGAAGGUUCUCUUAACCAGUGUAUUGAGGGCACAGAUGUGCAUUCCUUACUUUCGAAUGAAGUUGUGGCCGACAAUUCUUGGUUAAAAUAUUUCAAAAACUUCGAUUGAGGCCAAACCGUUUGUGAUUCAUUGCGAUGUGCAUAUUAGCACAUAAGCUGUGCAGCACAAUGAAGACGAAUCCCCUUCCCUGAUUGUAGAUGUGGCAAUUGGCACACAACCUGCACAGCACAAUCUGAAGACAAGAGAAAGUUCAAUUAAAGAUUAUCCAAAGAUUGGCACAGUUGGGUGGUAGAUGAAUAGCUGCAAACAAAUUGGGAACCUCAAUUUUCUUCAGUUCCCUGUAUCCAUUCUCAAAUUAUGCUCAAUGAACCUGGUUCUGACCCAAUUCAUGCAUGGAUAUGCUUAUAAUGGGAUUGAUUUCGUCUUGUGUCUGAGCAUGCCAAUUGUUUCCAUAGGGUGCUGUUCGUCAUAAAUGCUACAAAUACUACAGCAAUGGAAGGAGCGACAAGCUCUUUGGCUGUUUCAUGUGAAGAGAGCUCAAUGAUUGGAUCAGUAACUGCAGCUUCAGAACAAAUGAGUGCUCAAGGUUGCCUUUCAAGUUCCCUUAGAGCUGCUUUGAAUUUUGGAUCAGUAACUGCAGCUUCAGAACAAAUGAGUGCACAAGGUCGCCUUCCAAGUUCUCUUAGAGCUGCUUUGAAUUUUGGAUCAGUAACUGCAGCUUCAGAACAAAUGAGUGCACAAGGUUGCCUUCCAAGUUCCCUUAGAGCUUCUUUGAAUUUUGGAUCAGUAACUGCAGCUUCAGAACAAAUGAGUGCACAAGGUUGCCUUCCAAGUUCCCUUAGAGCUUCUUUGAAUUUUGGAUCAGUAACUGCAGCUUCAGAACAAUUGAGUACACACCUUCCAAGUUCCCUUAGAGCUGCUUUGAAUUUUGUUUCAAGCCAUCCAACACUAGGCUCUCAGGAACUUUUCCCUCCAUUGUCACCUCGGAGAUUCCCGAAUGGGAUAAAUUUUGGAUGCACUGGUGCCAAGGAAAAUCCUAUUGUAAUCGAAGAUGAGCAGGAUGAGGAGAAAUCGUUAAAUUAUGUAGAGAAGCAAAAUAAUUAUGUUUAUAAACGUAGAAAGUUACAAGGUAAUUCUGUAACGCUAUUGCCAAAACAAAUUCAGACAGCUACUGGAAAAGAUUGCUUGCCAAAUGGCAUGUUAAAUUCUGACUGGUUGUCUCAGCCAGCACAAGUUGAAAAUUUUCCAGAGUGUCAUGAGGAUAUAAAUUAUUGCGAUGCAAAUGUGUUCACUAGUCAUAUAGGAUAUUCAGGAAAUUUUUCGUCGUCAGAAAAAAAGCAGAUAAACUGUAAAUCAAAUGGGAUUUUAGAUGGAGAAAAGUGCAAAACUUAUGCAAGAGUGCAUGUUGAUUGUAAGGCACCAGAUAGUGAAGAGAUUUUAUUAUAUCACACAGGAUCUUCAGGAUUAAUUGUGGAUGGGGAAAAAAUGAAUUUGAAUAUUGUUGAAGUUGGGGAGGCUAGUUCAGGAAGCAGAUCAGUCAUUGAGGAUUCCACAAGCUUACAAGUUCAAAGCAGUUCAUCCUUUGAAAUGUCCAAUUGCAAUUUGGGGCGAACCACAGUUCCUGUUAAGAAUGAAUUAACUGAACUAGCUGAAUGCACUUCGUCUGUUGAUGUUACCCGUCAAUCUCAAGAGAAUGACCUUGAAAAAGAGUGGUGUGUUUCUGUAUUGAAACAGUGUGGUUUGCUCGGGUGGUUUGUAUCUUCACGAGAGUAUGCAGCUGUAGGACAUCCGGGUGUUGUAGGUGAUGGCAGUUGCCCACAAUUAUGUAAAAUAUGUGGUUCUUUGGAAGAUUCAAUGACAACUCUCAUUUGUGAUUUGUGUGAUGAAGCAUUUCAUAUGUCAUGCUGUAAUCCCAAGGUAAAAGCAGUGCCUACUCAAGAUGAUUGGUAUUGCCAAUUUUGCAGAAAGAAAAGGAAGAGACCAGGAAAGAAGUCCCUUAUUGAAAGCAAAAGUGCUCAAAAUGCAGCGAAAGACACCUGCACAAAUUUAGAUAAGUCUAAAGAUAAAGGUGAUAUUUUCUCAUGUAUGUUGGAAAAUAGUGAGCCAUACACAACACAAGUUCGAAUAGGCAAGGCAUUUCAGGCAGAUGUUCCUAACUGGAUUGGCAAUGUUCCCAAUGAUGCAGAGAUGUUAUAUCUGGGAGAACCGUUAGAAAAAGAGUUUCCAGAGCAAAAUUUGAUAAAUGAACUAUGGUCAAAAGGCUGGCAACCUGCUAGAUCCUUUUUUCCAGGCUCAAUGGAAAAUUGGCUUCAGUGUCAGAAUGUGAUUUGUGUGGUUGGAACAUGCUCAGAUGAUGAAAAGGCAAAGGACAUAAUUUGUGGAAAAUGGCGCAGAGCUCCUCUCUCUCAAGUGCAAAAUGAUGAAUGGGAUUGCUCUUGUGCAGUGGUUUGGGACCCUGUUCAUGCUGAUUGUGCUGUACCCCAGGAACUCAAAACAGAAGACAUUAUGAUGCGCUUGAAGGCUACUGAAACUGCAAAACCACAGCUUGUUUACAAGAAGAGGAAAAAUAAAAUGAAGCAUUGCAUUGCUGAGGAGGGUCAAAACAGGAUGGAAGGACCAUCUCCUCUUUGAAGCACUUGGACAGGUAGCAUGGAACAAUAGACAGGGGCAACCCAAUUUCAGAGAUACGUAGAUUCCUAAAGGCUAUGUUGACCAUAAUUUUACUCUCCAGUUAUUCAACUAUUUUGUAUGGGUACUAUGAUGAAUUGAAACUGCCUAAAAUAACUCACAAAAUGAGAUUUUAAGAUGAAGAUGCAUUCUCUGGAGCUUACUUAUGUUGAAUACACAAGAGCCAGUAAAGAUUUAUCUGAACCAGUCUUGAAGCCAUGCGGGAGUUGUAUAUAUGGUGGGCUCUGUUGAGAAGGACGAUGAUGAGGAGUAACUGAAAAAAUAUGCUUGGAAUGCAAGAAUGCACAUAGAGAGGGAGAGAUGGGGGCUGAAGGGUUGGAUGCGAGUGAGUGUGAGGCUAGGAGUUGCUUCAUAAGAUUCCGCAGUCUAGAAAGUCAUGGAAGGUGGGAAAAGGUACCAUCAAAAAAUGAGGGGCUUCUAUGUAGAUGGUGUGUUUCCUUUCCAAAAAGUGUUUUAAGCCUCAAGAAUGGAAAGAAAGCAGUUUUAGCUUGGCAGAUAGUAAAGGCACGCUUUGCAUAAUGUGAAAAAAGUAAUGGUAGAAGAGAAUCUUGUUUGAAGAAAACAUUUCUUAAUUCAUCCAAUGAACAUUUUAAUUUGUCUCUGCCAUUUGGUGUGGUAAUCUGAUCAAUUUCAUUUUUAUAUCACCAUUUUUUUUGUA